ACGUACUUUUCUUACACACACUGGCAGAACACCCGUUUCGGCGCUCACGCUUUGAUUUAAUUUUUCAGAGCAACUCUUCCACAUUGCGGUAUUGAUGGUGUGUCAAGUUUUUUCUCUCUCCGUCGUUCUCCCCGUACUUAUAACCUAUGAGCUUUCAAGUAUGGUCCAAGAUCAGACGGGUAAGAUAAUGUCAACUUAUGGAUGGAGGUGCUUGUCCCUCUGGUCACCACGGCGUCCCUCAGGCUGUUCAAUCGUUUCUCUUUUAUUCUUGUGGUGUUCAAGACUUACUUCUCACUACAGACUUCAUUCGCCGACACAUAUUUCGCUUAUAAGUCCACGCUUCGUUUUGAAUAGCUGUAGCUGUUGGGCAAUACGUGUUUGGGUGCUCGCGUACCCAGCUCAUUCUGAACAUGGUUAGUUGCUGCAGGUAGCGUUUCUGAGCGAUGUACAAUGAUCACACUCAACUCGCCAGUGCUGUUGCUUUGCAUGAGACACGGACGCCCACUUCAAUUACAUUGA